GUGACGGAGGGAGGAGGAGACAGAAGACAGGUGGAGGGAGAGAUACAGACAGAAGCAGAGCAAGAGAGAGGAAUUAGGGGCAGAGUAUUUGUGAGAAUAUUUCAUAUUUAUUACAAGAGAGGUAAUAGAGAGCAAAUUUGUAGAUUAAUCUGAGCAGCUCUACAUUGAUAUUGAUUGUACUCUUCAAGUUGGGACUUCUUUGAUUUCUCUGAAAACUUCAUUCCGGUUUGCAAACACCUCCACAACCUGGCAACAAUGCAGCAAAUCUGGCUUUCUCUGCUGUCUGGCCUUUGCCUUCGCCUGGUUUUCUUCUGCAGUGCUGAGGAAGGCCUCGAGUUCCCUAACUUCGACGGGAAGGACAGGGUGCUGGACAUCAACGAGCGCAACUACAAGAAGGCUCUAAAGAGAUACGACCUCCUGUGUCUGUUCUACCAUGAACCAAUGCCUGCCAACAAGGGCCUUCAGAAGCGGUUCCAGAUGACAGAGCUGGUGCUGGAGCUCACAGCUCAGGUCCUGGAGAACAAAGACAUCGGUUUUGGGAUGGUGGAUGCACAGAAGGAUGCCAAAGUAGCCAAAAAACUGGGUCUGGAGGAAGUGGGCAGCUUGUACAUCUUCAAGGACGACCGUGUCAUUGAGUUUGAUGGGGAGCUCUCAGCAGACACACUGGUGGAGUUUCUAUUGGAUGUGCUGGAGGACCCAGUGGAAAUGCUCAAUAACGCCAUGGAGCUGCGAGCCUUCGAGAGGAUGGAGGAAGACAUCCGCCUCAUUGGCUACUUCAAGGGAGAAGAUUCAUACUACAAAGCUUUUCAGGAAGCCUCCGAGCGUUUUCAACCUUACAUCAAGUUCUUUGCUACAUUUGAUAAAUCUGUAGCCAAACAUCUCUCCCUCAAGAUGAACGAGGUGAAUUUUUACGAGCCGUUCAUGGAGGAGCCGGCCAUCCUGCCUGGCAGACCUCUGUCAGAGAUGGACAUUGUUGAGUUUGUCACCCAACACAGAAGGGCUACUCUGAGGAAACUGCGGGCAGAGAAUAUGUUUGAAACAUGGGAGGACGACAUGGAUGGAAUACAUAUUGUUGCUUUUGCUGAGGAGGAGGAUCCAGAUGGCUAUGAGUUCCUGGAGAUCCUGAAAGACGUGGCCAGAGACAACACCAACAACCCAGAGCUCAGCAUCGUCUGGAUUGACCCUGAUGACUUUCCUCUGCUCACCACUUACUGGGAAAAAACCUUCAAGUUGGACCUGUUUAGACCUCAGAUCGGAGUGGUCAACGUCACAGAUGCGGACAGUGUGUGGCUGGACAUGUCCAAUGACGAGGACCUGCCCACCGCGGAGGAGCUGGAGGACUGGAUAGAAGACGUCCUGUCUGGCAGGGUGAACACGGAGGAUGACGAUGAGUCUGCUGACAACAAGGAAAACCUUGACGGCUAUGUGCCAGAAGACAGUUACGAAAGUCACGACCCAGAUGAGGAAGAUGACAGCGAUGACUAACCUUUAUGUCAAGGGUUGGUGUGCUGCAGUUCAGACCUGGGUCAAAACCCUGAACGCACUUGGCACAUUAGAACCAGAUUACUGACAUAUUCUCUCUUUUUUCCCAAAUAAUUUAAAAAAGUGAAAUUAAAAGAAACUAUAUGGUCUCCUACACAGUUCUACACUGUGUAGACAGUGGUUUAAAUAGUCAGGCAGAUAAGACAGAACUGAUUAAAGGUCAUCAUGGGAAACCUGUGGCCUAGUUUAUAAUAAUGUUAGCACAGUGCCUGAAGCAGUAAUUCUCCUGUACUUACCAAGGAUCAAGAUAUCAGCAUAGCUUCUGUGUGGCAUACACAACAUGUAAGUUAAAGCUCCAUUGAUAGAUUUUGGCCAUGUGGGGGCAGCAUAAUAAAAUGUAAACACUGCAUAUCACCAUGGAUUUUAUAAAGACAACCGGAUAAAGCGCUGAAGGCAGGGCCCAAUUUGUUUCUAAGAAAGCUGAUCAGUGGCUCAUGAAGCCAAAAAAAGUUUGACUUUCCAGAUAUACAAUUACCUGGAUCUUCUGCACCGUCGGCCCCAUUGAGCAGACUACAGGCUUUGCAAGCUCAGCGACUCACUGCCGCCGUCCAACCGGCUAACUUACUGUUUGGCACUACACUAACUUAAAUGGGGAUAAAAUAAUUUAAUAGUGCACCUCCUUUAGACUUUCAAAAUGUUAUUGGGCUAAAUGGAUCAAUUCCCGAUACUGCAACGAGUGAUUUUGUGAGGGUUGUGAUACUAAAAAAAUCCAUCCAUUGAUUUACAGAUGCUUUUUCCCCAUUGUAAGUCAAUGAGGAAAGGUCUUUUUGGGCCCAAUGGUAUCAUGUGACAGACCCAGCAGUUGUGAUUCCACUGUUUUGCCAGUACAAAAAAUCACAGUCCUGUGCACCUCUGGGUGCCUGAUUAUCACCUAUUAAGUUGGUAUGGCUAACAUGUUAGCAAACAGUUUCCUAUUUAUACAUCCAGCAGACAUGGAGCAACGUUAGUUUUCAAGUAGAAUGAAAUUUUGAAUGUUCGUCCAAUAGCCACUCACCUGUUAGCUCUGUUUUGGUCUCCACCAACUACUGAGUGAAAUAUCUGUCUCUGUAGUUGCUAAAUGUUUCAUUAUUUUGAGCAGCUAACUUUGCCAAUCUGCUGUUUGGUGCUGAACAGGUAGCGUACAGUUGGUUUUUAGAGCUUUUAACAAAUACAAACAAUACUAAUGUAAGCUAUGAGUGGAUGAAAACAUCAAAGCUGCGGGCCAAGAAACCAAAACAAUGACCUGAAAGACACAAAAAUGCUCUGUAAAGGCCCAAACACACCAAACCGACAUCAAAGAACUUGUGGAAACAAAGGCAGACCGUUGCGUUGCCUCAUGCCGCUCACGUCUUAGCUAAAAAGUUGUGCUUGAACACACCGCAAAGACUACAGCCAACGGCCAAUUAGCACUUACGUUCUACAUCUGUGUGAAAGAAAAUAACUCUCAGCAGGCGGCGAAGGUCUGUAUUUGUCAGCACAUCAACAACACAACCUGAUGUUGAAAGAAGAAAUUAUAUUUCUCAGUUACAAACCGUAUAUGUCAAAGAGCUCAAUGGCUAAAAAAGAUUCUUGAUAUAACAUGUUAAAUCACUAGCCCUCUGCUUAAGUUGUAUGUUUGCCUCUGUCAUUUCCAUCUCUCUGCUUGUGCUCUGAGCUGAACUGUCAAUCAGAGUGAUUUCA